AUGCGGCAGUCUCUCGUGCUUCAAAUCGCCCGGCCGCUGCUGCGGACUGCGGCGCCAGCUGCUUCGAGCCGAUGCUUUAGCACGACUCCCAGACUUGUGAUCGACCAGCGACGGGUUGCAGGCAAGAUUCAAAUCAAGACAAUCGACGACAAGAUCUCCGAAUUCCCACUCAACGAGAAGAUCGCAGCACUUAAAGUCAAGGUGAAAACUCCAGGUGCCCCGCUGUCAGACCCCCAGUGGCUUGAUCAGCUGCUGGACUCGAUCGACCGCUCCAAUCAAUAUGUCCUACAAAUGAACAAACCGGACGAUGGUCAGAUACCAAUCGUGCAGGUCGUUUCGCGCAUGGAGCUGAUUCAGAAGAUCAACCGUCAGGAAGACCAGAAGCGCAAUCAGAAGCGCCUGGAGAAGGACAAGAGGCCGAAACAGCUGGAGCUGAACUGGGCCAUUAGUGCCAACGAUCUGCAGCUGAAGAUGAAGCAGAUGCAGGAGUUCCUCAAGAAGGGCAAAAAGGUGGAGCUUCUGCUGGCAAACAAACGGCACCAGAGGAGAGCUUCGUCGGAAGAAGCGCAGGCUUUGCUGCAGGCAGUCAGAGAGAAGAUCGACGAAGUUGGCGCUGCUGAAACCGUGCCCAUGGAGGGGGCCAUUCUCAAGCAAGCUAUCCUGACUGUCAAAAUGCGUGGGACAUGA